AAUCUAAGAUGAAAUGUUAUUUGUGGUCACGUAUGGGCAUGACGUGUUUGUAAGACUAGCAGCUCUAGGGCAAACUUUAGCCACGUUUUCGCGCUAAUAGACAAGAGACAUACAAACAGAAAGAGAGAUUGUUUGGUAGAAAGAGGGAGAGAGAGACUCAGAACUUCAGUGAAGCCAUGCGAUCGAUAGAAGGAAGGUAAUAACGAUAUUCAACAUCAGAAAGAAGAAACAAUAUAAAAUUAUAAGAUAAGUAGAUAGAAAGACAGGGAGAAAGAGACACAAAGACGAGAGAGAGAGAGAGAGAGAAACUUUGCAUAAAAAAAAAGAAAGCUGAGUGCCACUAAACACAGUCUAUUGAUCCAUAAGAUGCACAGCCUGCUGUGUCUAGUCCACCUUCUCGCAGACCUAAGUCUUCACCCACUUGGUGUGUGCUCUGGCAUUGCUACAGGCCUGCCUCCUUCUUGGAUGACAGAACACACAGAAGAAAAACUUGACUUCACGUAGCCACCUAGCCUCUUGCUACUAGAUCUAGCCAUAAGGUUCAAACCUCAAGUCCUAGUUUUAUAAUUCUACCUUGGUUGGAUUGCUAAAACCAGUUUCCUAAAGGCUCGUGUCAUGCACACGGUGUCGCGCGGUCUAGCUCUGUGAGUAUGCUGCAAUGGUCUCAAGCGGAUUUCCGUUCAUUUUCUGUGCUGCCGAAGAAGGGAGAGAUUGAGCGUAUCAUCAAAGUCAAUGACCCAGAGUACAAUGCACAGUUUGGCUAUGCAAACAAUUACAUUUCCACUUCCAAGUACAACAUUAUUACAUUCCUGCCCAAGAAUCUGUUUGAACAGUUCCAGAGGUUGGCCAAUGCCUACUUCUUGGGGCUUCUGGUUCUACAGUUGAUUCCAGCCAUCUCAUCUCUGGAGCCAGUAGCCACUGUUAUUCCCUUGGUGUUUGUACUCAGCAUUUCUGCCAUAAAAGAAGCAAUAGAUGAUUUUCAACGUCACCGCAGUGAUGACCAGGUGAACAACAGGAGGUCCUACGUGCUGAGAGACAGGAAGAUAGUGGAGGAGAGGUGGCACAAAGUCAACGUUGGAGACAUCAUACUGCUCAAGAACAAUGAUUUCAUUGCUGCAGAUUUGCUUCUCCUUUCAACUAGUGAACCACAUAGUUUAUGUUAUAUUGAGACUGCUGAAUUAGAUGGGGAAACCAAUUUGAAAGUACGCCAAGCUCUUGAAGAUACAUCAGAACUGGGAGAUGACUUGACAAAGUUGGCAGAGUUUAAUGCUGAAAUCACCAGUGAGCCACCAAACAACAGGCUGAGUAAAUUUGAAGGCAAAAUGCAGUGGAACAACAAGACCUAUUCCCUUGAUAAUGAGAAGAUACUGCUGCGUGGCUGUAUCCUGCGCAACACUCAGUGGUGCUAUGGGCUCGUGGUAUUUGCUGGCAGAGACACAAAGCUGAUGAUGAACAGUGGGAAAUCUAAAUUCAAAAGGACCAAUAUUGAUAGGCUUAUGAAUCUUCUGAUUAUUGGAAUAUUUUUGUUUUUGGUGGUCAUGUGCCUGAUCUGUACCAUAGCAUGUGUUAUAUGGGAGCUGAUGACUGGGCACAACUUUCAGGCUUACCUCCCCUGGGAGUCCUUUGUGUCUUCAGAGAAGGCUGCUGGAUCUGUGACCAUUGCCGUCCUUGUGUUUUUAUCUUACAUUAUCAUUCUAAACACUGUAGUGCCUAUAUCUCUUUAUGUAAGUGUUGAAAUUAUUCGUCUUGCUCACAGUCUCUGGAUCAACUGGGAUGUGAAAAUGUACUAUGAUAAAAAAGAUACACCAGCCAAAGCAAGAACCACUACUCUGAAUGAGGAGUUAGGGCAGAUUGAGUACAUUUUCUCUGAUAAGACAGGAACUUUAACCCAGAAUAUAAUGACAUUCAAUAAGUGCUCUAUUAAUGGACGUUCCUAUGGUGAUCCUGUGGAUUCUGAGGGCAAUGCUUUAGAAGUAACAGAGGAAGAGGUUGAAGGUGCAGUCAAGGAAAAAAAGACUCCUAAAGUUGAUUUAUCCUGGAAUCCUUAUGCUGAGAAAUCUUUUGAGUUCUACGACUCUAACCUCGUGGAGGAAAUAAGAAGCAACAAUAAUGAAAUGACCCACAUGUUUUUCAAACUGCUGUCUCUGUGCCAUACUGUCAUGCCUGAAUUCAAGAGUGAAGGAACUCUGGAGUACCAAGCACAAUCGCCUGAUGAAGGAGCUCUAGUCUCUGCUGCUAGAAACUUUGGCUUUGUUUUUAAAUCCAGAACACCUAGUACCAUUACAAUAGAAGUUCAAGGUCGAGAAGAAACUUAUGAACUGUUGAAUAUUCUUGAUUUUAACAAUGUUAGAAAAAGAAUGUCUGUUAUUGUGAGGAAAGACAAUAAGAUUCAACUCCUGAGUAAAGGGGCAGACACAAUUAUGUUUGACCUUCUGGACAGGAAGUGUAAUGAGUUGAAGGAACUCACUACAAACCAUUUGAAUGACUUUGCCCAAAUUGGUCUCAGAACUCUAGUCCUAGCACACAAGUAUAUUGAUGAUGCCUACUAUCAAGUCUGGAAAGAAAAACACCAUGAAGCCAGUACAACGAUGGAUGAUCGUGAUGCUAAACUUGAUGCUGUGUAUGAGGAAAUAGAACAAAACAUGAUUCUUUUAGGAGCCACAGCUAUUGAAGACAAACUUCAAGACGGAGUUCCAGAGACAAUAGCCAAUCUUGCUUUGGCUGGUAUUAAGAUCUGGGUUUUGACUGGAGACAAACAAGAGACUGCCAUCAACAUUGGUUAUUCAUGCCGUCUGCUAACUGAUGAGAUGGAGGAACCAUUUAUAAUUGAUGGUGAAAGUCUUGAAGAAGUAGAGAACCAGAUGAAGAAGGCACUUGAGGAAAUCGAUGCUGCUAAGAACAGGAGACCAGCAAAUGAUGUGGCCUUCCGUAACGGGUCAGCCAAAACAGACGUGCAUGCUAACAGACAAAAUGUGGAAAAUGGCAAUGUUGCCUUACCAGAAGAAGAGUUUGGAGAUUUUGCUCUAGUCAUCAAUGGACAUAGCCUGGCGCAGGCCCUGAAACCAGAAUUGGAGUUGAUCCUGCUCAACUUGGGUUGUAUGUGCAAGGCUGUGAUCUGCUGCCGUGUUACACCACUACAGAAAGCUCUUGUUGUGGACCUAGUCAAACGUCACAAGAAGUCCAUCACGUUGUCUAUAGGCGAUGGAGCUAAUGAUGUUAGCAUGAUCAAAAUGGCUCACAUUGGUAUAGGCAUCAGUGGACAGGAAGGGAUGCAGGCUGUACUGGCCAGUGACUAUUCCAUUGCGCAGUUUAGGUAUCUGGAACGUCUGCUCCUGGUCCAUGGACGCUGGUCUUACUUAAGAAUGUGCAAAUUCCUGAAAUAUUUCUUCUACAAAAAUUUUGCCUUUACACUGUGUCAUUUCUGGUUUGCUUUUUUUUGCGGAUUUUCUGCACAGACUUUAUUUGAUCCAUUUUUCAUCUCUCUUUAUAAUGUGUUUUACACAUCACUUCCAGUCUUGGUCUUGGGGAUAUUUGAUCAGGAUGUCAAUGACAGCUACUGUCUGAGGUAUCCCAAACUGUAUGAACCAGGCAUGAAGAAUACAUUGUUUAAUAAGAAAGUCUUUUCUUGGAGCGUUGCUGAAGGAGUCAUAUCAUCACUGGUCCUGUUUUUCAUUCCUUAUGGGACUUUUCUGAUGGGCGUAGACUCGAAUGGGCAGGAUGUAACAGAUGUACAAUCCUUUGGUACAGUAGUGGCAGCAGGUCUGGUUUUGACUGUCAAUCUCAGGUGUGCUCUGGAUACUAGCUACUGGACAGGUUUUAAUCACUUUGUAAUAUGGGGCAGUAUUAUUUACUACUUCUGCUUCCAUUUGGCUUUCUAUUCUGACGCUAUUCGCUAUAAGUACUCUGGAGUGGCUUUCAAAGUGUUUGGUCUGUCCAAGUUCUGGUUCUGUCUUUUGAUUACCAGCACUGUACUUAUUGUGCCCAUGGUGGCUUACAGGUUCUACACCACCAAUGUCUGCCCAACCCUCUCUGACAGAGUCAGGCUCAGGCAGCGAAUGAAGAAGUCCAAAUCUAAAUUUGGCAGAGACUUAAGAAUCUUGCGCCACUCUACUAUCCGCAGAAGUGGCCGUUCUGUGCGCUCAGGGUAUGCUUUUGCUCACCAGGCUGGUUUUGGAGAGCUCAUAACCAGUGGGCUGAACAUGAGGGACCGUGUGAAGGAAAAACAUAAUUCAGUAGUGCUUACUCGUGUAGUGAAAGGACAAAAUGACAGCAAAGCUCAACCUACUAAUGGUCAGACGCUCCAACCCAAGCUGGUUGCUUCAGCAGAUUCUAGAAUGCCAAAAGGGCACAAUGACAGGACUGCACCUCCCACCAACGGGCAGACUCACCAACCAAAACCAGUUGCUUCAGGGGAUACUAGAAUACAGAAAGGGCAAGGGGACAGGACACUUCAGCCGACCACUGGUGAGACUCAUCAACCCAGACCCAUUACUCCAACUGAUCCUAGGACUAGUCCUGGGGGUAAAGUGGUGUUUGUUGAAAGGUUGUGACACAUGAGGGUCACACGACUGACUGGGGAAGUGGAUUGUGAUACAAGUGCAAAUAUUUGUUUCUUUAUUCAACAUGCUGUCCAAUGUUCAUUCUUUCUUCAGUCGACCUUAGAAACCAUUUCUUCGUUACACACAGCAUCUUUCAUUAUCUCAUUUGUUGACAACUUUCAUGGAGGAAUAGAUGAUUGUUUCUAUCGCCAUCAUACAUAAAAGAUUUAUUUAUAUGAAUUGUAUUGAAUAAUAGCUAAACAUUUUAUUAUUGUUUUAUUUUAUUCUUUCUGUAUAAACUUGUUAUUUGUUAAUAUGAACAUGAACAACCUUGAAACUAAAACAAACAAUGCUAACGUAAUCAUAACACAUAGAGGAAUCCCCAACUUGUAAACCUCUAGACUCAAACAUAGUUUUGAUGUUUCAACUCACAUUAUUAAACAGUAAAUUUAUUACAAAAUUUACCAUCACAAAUCAUUCAUGAAAUGAAAACAGUUUUUAUUAUAGGCUAGGUCUAGUGAUACAAGGUUAUCAUUUUUUUAAUAGUAUUUUAUAUGAAAAUUUUGAAUUCCAAUAUCGGAUUAAAAAACAAAAACAAUAUUUGGCUAGCACCAGUUACUAACAAUUAUCAUUUCAUAAGCUGAAACACUUUAAGAAUAUUUGCUAACGCUGAGCAAGUUAUUAUUUGGUACAUUAUAAAGAAAAGAAAUGGAAAUCUUAUCUUAUCUUAUAUGAUACAGACGUUACUUCAAAAAAGAAGAUGAUUACAUCCUAUGCUUCAUGCAUUUAGUCAUGCAUAUGCAUGCUUUUCUCAUAACUCCCUUUGUUCAUAUGAUUGAGAAUAUUGUUUAUCUAGUUGGGGAUGUGUCUUAUCUAUGCUGUAAUAUCAUCAUGUAUAUAUACA